AUGUGGCCAACAAUUGGUGUUGUGUUACUUCUCACUUGCACCACCUUUUUCAAUACUAAAGCCAGUGACCUCAAAACUUACAUUAUUCACUUAAGUUCACCUGAAGGCCAGGUCCGCGAUAUUGAAGAAUUGUAUACCUUGUUUCUGUUAAAAGUAGCUUUGCGAUCAAAUGAGAAACCAAUGAUGGCUUACACGUAUCGUCAUGUGAUUACAGGAUUUGCUGCAAAAAUGUUAGCAGAUCAAGCAAAGGUGAUGGAGAACUUGAGUGGAGUUUUAUCCGUAAAGCCUGAAGGUGUGUAUCAGUUACAAACAACGCGUUCACCUUACUUUUUGGGCUUGCGCCAAAAUUCAGGGUUGUGGAAAGAAUCAAACUAUGGGAAGGGAAUCAUAAUAGGGGUUAUGGACAAUGGAAUUACUCCUGGACAUCCGUCGUUUAACGACGAUGGUGUCCCAACUCCACCAUCAACAUGGAAAGGGAAAUGCGAAGUGGCAGGAUGUAAUAACAAACUAAUCGGAAUAAGAAACUUUGUUAAGGGAUUUCCUCUGAAAGAUUAUGAUGGCCACAGGACACACACUUCGAGUACUGCGGCUGGGAAUUUCGUAGACAACGCAAAUGUAUCCGGAUUGGGGAAUGGCACUGCGAGUGGGAUGGCGCCACUGGCACACUUAGCCUUUUAUAAAGUAUGUUUCUUUUUUGGUUGUCUGGAAGGUCCCAUAUUAGCGGGCAUGGAUGCAGCCACUAUUGAAGACGGUGUUAAUGUGAUGUCUCUUUCGCUUGGUCCGGCACAUGCCUUGCCCUAUUAUAAAGAUAAUGUAGCAAUUGGCGCCUUCACUGCCAUGCAAAAAGGGAUCUUUGUGAGUUGUGCAGCAGGUAAUUAUGGGCCAAACAGUACUUCAUUAUCAAAUGAGGCCCCAUGUGUCCUUACAGUUGGGGCUAGUACAAAUGAUGUAAGAUUUAGGACAACAGUGGUUCUUGGAAACAAGAAGUUACUUCAUGGUGAAUCAUUGUAUCAACCAAAGGAUUUUGAUCGUAAGCUUCGGCCUCUUGUUUACCCCGUCAAAGAUGAAGAACGUUUAGCACAAUGCAAUGAAGGAUCACUAGACCACAUUGAUGUCAAGGGGAAGUUGGUGUUGUGUGAUGUGAGUGACGAUCCCAUUGCAAUGGGAAUGGUAGUUAAGAAUGCAGGAGGAGCUGCCAUGAUUGUUGCUAAUGACAUUGCUUCCGGUUUAUCAUUAAAUUAUGUUAUUCUCGCAUCAUAUAUUGGUUACAGAGAAGGGAUUGAGAUUAAGAAGUAUAUCAAGUCAACUUCUUCUGUGGUUGCCACCAUCCUUUGCGGUGGAACUGUGAUCGGGCUAAAAUCAGAUCCACAAAUGGCUUUUUUCUCUUCAAGAGGGCCCAGCUUUACAAGUCCUGGAAUCCUAAAGCCAGACAUUAUCGGACCCGGUGUGGACAUUCUUGCAGCAUGGCCUGUAUCAAUCGACAACGAAACAAGAACCAAAGCAACUUUUUUUGUCUCGCAUGGCACAUCAAUGUCUUGUCCUCACCUUGCUGGCAUAGCAGCGUUGCUCAAAAGCGCACAUCCAGAAUGGUCUCCUGAUGCUAUCAAGUCUGCAAUAAUGACCACUGCUAGUCAAGUAAACAGACACGGGGAGCCCAUUGUAGACGAAAGAGCACUUCCUGCUGAUGUAUUCGCCAUGGGCUCUGGUCAUGCAAACCCACCAAAAGCCCAUGAGCCAGGGCUUGUUUUUUACAUCCAACCAGACGACUACAUUCCUUAUCUUUGUGGGUUAGGCUAUACACCCAAACAAAUUGAAAUGAUCAUUAGAAAGAAAGCUAGUUGCUCAAAAACAAUACCGGAGGCCCAGCUGAAUUACCCUUCUUUAGCUAUCAAAGAUCCAUUUUGGGGCCAACAAUACUCAAGGACAGUGACUAACGUUGGCUUGGCAAACUCGAGUUACAGCAUCACAGAUGUUUCUUUACCAAAGGGUGUAAGUAUGGAGGUGGUUGUUGAAAAUGAUCAGGAUGUCAUGAGCUUCACAGUGGCGAAGCAACAACAAACAUACGAGGUUACUUUUACUCGAGAUGUUGAAGAUAAGGAGAAAGGAUCAUAUGAGCAAGGGCAUAUGACUUGGGUAUCUCAAUGUGGUAAGUAUACUGUUAGAACACCAUUUUCAUUCAAGUUUGAAUGA